AUGAAAUUUUUGGCGAGUGUUAUCUCCUCCGCUUUUGCUUCCCACUACCGAGCAGGUUCCUAUCAGUACGCCGCUGGAACCGGUGAGAUGUCCGUCACUCGAACGAUGGCUUGGCGACGAUCAAUGGACGGCUACGGCAGCGGCUGCACUCAGAACGACGUCGACAACCAGGUAGAGAGUGCUCAAAUGAUCGCUGAGCAGGUUCACUCUUACCCAGACGGAACACUCUUGAUCGACGCUGCUAACAACGGCACGAGCGGCACAUAUGUCGUUUCCGAAAUUGAAACGGCAGCGUCCUUGGAUGUCAACUCUCACUACUGCUUUGGAUCGAUUGACGAAGAGUUCUCAAUAACUCAGCCGUUCACUCAGACCUCUUCCGGCUGCUGCACAAUCUCCAUGCAGGACGACGACGGCAACAGUUUCAACGGAAACUACAUCUUCACUUCGACCGUUGCGGAUGUUUCAAACAACUCACCGCGCUUCAACAUACCCGCUGUAUGGUACAUCAUGACCGGCUGCAGCGACCAGAGCCUCUAUCUCUAUCCAGUAGACCCCGAUGGAGACAGCAUCAAGUGUCGAUGGGCAACGAUGGCAGAAGGUGGCGCUUUGGCACGUGACAAUGGCCGCUUUGACUCGUUAGUUCUUGAUGCCGACCUGUGCAAAGUCACUUACGAUCCCUUACAAGACACGUUUGCGUCAGGAAUCAAACCCAUCGCGAUUCAAGUCGAAGAUUUCGAUGCCGACGGAAAUCUAAGGAGUUCAAUGCCUGCUCAAUUCAUGGCAACAGUGUGGACUCCUGGAAUGCCGACCAGCAAGAAAGAAAAACGACUGAUGGAGCAGAGCGGUUUCCAACUUUUUACUGGACUCUUUGGAGACAAUGAAGAAGACCACCAUGACGAUUUCCAUUCUCGUGGCCGUCGUCAGGUUAGCGAUCCCUCCAGCGAACCAGCUCAUUGUGAAGGCCUUCCUACAUUCACUGGUGACAGUCCGAAGAACGGAGAAGUCUACAGCUUCUACGGUUCCUGGUCGAUGAGCUGGUAUUCAGAGUACAGUACUGGCUUCGGCACAUUUGUUGACAUGGAUCGCAUCAUGUUCAACGGACCUGCAGGAAUGACCUGCACGACUGUCGACACCUCAACUGGACAAUCUGACUGUACUUGGACGCCAACUGCGGAUCAAUUUGGAAAGGAACACGAUCUCUGUGCAAUCGCAUAUGAUCCAAUUGGCCGAAACAGCGAGCGCGUCUGCAUCAAACUCAUUGCUCAAGCCGCCAAAGUCAAUGCCAAUUGGUGGCUGUCCGCUUGGGCGUCAGGAUUCGCAUCUUUCUUUGGUGCAGGAGGAGUGUCUGGAGACGCAGCAGCCGCCACUGCAAGUGCUCUUUGGAAUUACGGCUGCACAGGACGUGGCGAGCUCGAGCCAUUCCGUAAAAAUGCGGGUAAGAUCGUUGACGAUGUUGACCUGGCAAUAAAUGCUUGGAAAAAGUGCGCUCGUUGCUCGGUCGACAUCUUCCAACCAGGCUCACUGAUCUCGUCGCUUUGGGAAUAUCCAGAACCAACAUCGUUCGUCUGUGACGCCUCUUCUCCUUUUGAGAAGGCCAUUUGCGAAUGCGACAAGGCGCUCGCCAACGUUCUUGGAACCAUUGGUGCUCCUGACGUUAAUUUCAUGGACUACGACGAGUCUCUUUGUGCCCCCACCUCUAGCUCGACAAUAGAUCACACGCCAAUGUGCUGUCUUACAGACCUUGGCAGUUUCCAAAUGUACUCUAUCCCAUCGGAAGUUUGCUGCGAAUCGAAUCAACUCAGGCCUGCAGGAACCUGCUCGAUAGAAGAAGGAAUCGCUUACUCUAGAACUAUCCCUUUUUACUAA